AUGAAGUCCUUUCGGGCGAUCGUCUUAAGCGUGGUGCUGGGUGUCGCCAUCGCUCAGCCCAGGUUAAGUGAAAGCGAGGCACUGGCUCACUGGCGCAUCAUUGGCGGGUCGGAUGCCAAACCAGGUUCAGCACCAUUCCAGGUAUCGCUGCAAACAGCCAAAGGUCACUUGUGUGGUGGGGCCGUUGUUGCCCGGCAAUGGGUGGCCACCGCGGCACACUGUGUGGUGGGAAAAGAACCGGAUGAAUUGGAGAUCCUAGCCGGAACGAAUCAACUCAACGCCGGUGGUCAACGGUACGCGGUGAGCCAGUUCUUCGUGCACAGUCGCCAUGGCAGACCGAGGUUCCACAACGAUGUGGCCCUGGUGAAGCUGGACUCUGCUUUCGAGUUUAGCGAUCGGUUAAAACCGGUCGAGUAUUCGGAGCACGAGUUGCCGGACAAUGUAACGGUCACGCUGACCGGAUGGGGUCGUCUGGAGGCUAACGGAGAGGUGCCAAAUACGUUGCAAACGAUCGAUCUGCUGAACGUGAGCUACGAACGGUGCAAACCGAUGCAUGGAAACAGUGGCGAUUUGGACGUUGGCCACGUGUGCACCUACACGAAAAGUGGAGAGGGCACUUGCAGCGGUGACUCGGGAAGUCCGCUGGUGUACGAGGGCAAGCUGGUUGGACUCGUCAACUUUGGAGUGCCUUGUGGUAGGGGAUUCCCCGAUAUGUACGCCCGAGUAUCUUAUUACCACGACUGGCUGCGCACCACAAUGGCGAAUAAUUCGUAA